AUGCUCGUGAGCACGCAAUUUGUCUGCCAGCUCUGUUUCGCAUUCAACUCGCUCCUCCAGACGCACUGCGAGUCGUGUGCUGAAGAGCUCACUUCCGCUCCGGCCAAGCGCCAGGUCCUUUUGAAGCGCAUGGCGGUGGCCAAGAAGAAAGGACUGGGGAUCUACGAUGGUCUUGUCUGCAUCUGCUGCGGCGCACAGCAAUCAAUGGAAGCGGCGAUCUGUAGCGAAUGCGACGAAGCGCUCCCGAACGACCAAGCAAAACUCUGCAUCCUCCAGCGACGCAUUGAGAAAACGAUCAAGCCGACGGCGUAG